CAGGAAUAUUCGGAAGAAGUGCACUGAACUAACAAAGCAAUCACCGAAACACGUCAAAAUCCAUCACGAUCCGACGCGAAGGAUUCAUACACAGCUUCUUUGGUUUUGCUCUACUUCAGUACGGACCACACGGAAAUCAACCGAUCACACAGGGACCGAUCACCCCGCCAACAUGGACGUGUCGAUGGACCUCGACGCCCCCGUGCCCAUUGCACCACCGAUGGGUAGCGCUCAGAACGGCGCAACAAUUCUCUGCUGCAACUGCGGCGCCCCGAUCGACGGCACGACAGCCACCGGCGCUCUCUGUUACGACUGCGUAAAGACAACUCACGACAUCUCUCAAGGCGUUCAACGCGAAGCCGUCUUACAUUUCUGCCGAGACUGCGACAGAUGGCUACUCCCUCCCAGCUCCUGGAUCAUGGCGGCACCCGAGUCCCGAGAGCUGCUAGCUUUGUGUUUGAAAAAGCUCAAGGGCCUCAACAAGGUCCGCAUAGUAGAUGCCAGUUUCAUCUGGACGGAGCCGCACUCAAGGAGGGUGCGCCUUAAGCUCACAAUCCAGGAUGCCGUCUCCGAGGGCGUCCUGCUCCAGCAGUCGUUCGAGGUCAUCUACAUAGUCUCCUACCAACAGUGCCCCGACUGUGCCAAGUCAUACACAGCCAACGUCUGGCGCGCAAGUGUCCAGGUGCGCCAAAAGGUUCUGCACAAGCGAACCUUCCUCUUCCUCGAGCAACUCAUUCUCAAGCACGGAGCCCACCGCGAUACCAUCAACAUCAAGGAGGCCAAGGACGGCAUCGAUUUCUUUUUCUCGGCCCGCAACCAAGCAGAAAAGUUUGUCGACUUUUUGCACUCUUCAGUACCAGUGCGCACUAAAAAGUCCCAAGAGCUCAUCUCACAGGACAUACACACAAGCACCAAGUCGUACAAGUUCACCUUCCUCGUCGAGUUGAUCCCCAUCUGCAAGGAGGAUCUCGUCGUGCUACCUAUCAAGCUGGCCAAGCAGAUUGGCAACAUCUCCCCGCUAGUCCUGUGCCACCGCAUCGGCACGUCAGUCAACUUCCUCGACCCCGCCACUCUCCAGACGGCCGAGGUUUCGGCCCCGAUUUACUGGCGCGCGCCUUUCCGCGCAAUCGCCGAGAGCAAGGACCUGGUCGAGUUUAUUGUCAUGGACGUGGAGCCAUCAGGCGUUCACAAGGGCCGCUGGUCGCUCGGCGAGGCCACCGUCGCGCGCGCUUCGGAUCUCGGCGUCAACGACAAGACAUACUUUGCCCGCACCCACCUGUCAGGUCUACUGCACGCGGGCGACAGUGUCAUGGGUUACAUGCUGACGGGCACCAACUUCAACAACGACGAGUUCCAGGCGCUGGAGGACUCCAACUCGUUUGGAUCUACGAUACCUGACGUCGUGCUCGUCAAGAAGCACUACCAGCGCCGCAGGAACCGCAACAAGAACAGGAACUGGAAGCUCAAGCGCAUGAACAAGGAUGAGGGUGACCUACUGCCCAAGAAGGCGGACCAGGAGCGCCUCGACGCCGAGUACGAGCAGUUCCUGCGCGACGUCGAGGAGGACGACGAGCUGAGGGCCACCCUGGCGUUGUACAAGAACACGAAGAAGACCAAGAAGCCGGAUGCGGACGCCAUGAGCGUAGCCGAGACCGAAAUGACGUACGAUGGCGAGGAUGACAACGCGCCAAAGGUUAGCAUGGACGAACUGCUGGAUGAUAUGGAGGAGCUGGCGAUCGAGGACCAGUGAGAAUUUUUAAAUCUGUUUUGUUGGUCUGGCGCUUGGUAUUUUUGUUACUUUGGUUAUUUUAUGGGAUUUUUGGCAUUUAGGGGCUGUGGUCAAAAGUUGCAUGGUUAGAAGCGUCUCAUUUAUCUUUUGUCUUCCAAGACAGUUGGCAAGACUGCUUCCUAAUUUUUUUUCUUUCUCUGGUUUAUAUGUCUGUAACCACCUGCAUACUUGACGUAAAUUCAUUUCUGGCUUUAUGUGCAGAUGAGUAAUGGUUUGCUCGCCAAGUAUUGGCGUUUCGAAAGAACCAAAAUCAUCUACAGCAACCGAUACAUAGACAAAAACUCUUUUUCGCGA